UUCUGUUGUUGUCAUCCUUUGUUGUUUUGUAUCAUUUUGUUGCUGUGACGAUCCAUCAAUUAUGAUGUGUCCAUCUACACGGACAGCGAGAAGUGGAAUUAACAUAGCUGAACUGUCUGUGAAUACACAAGGAGUGAACAGUACGAUCGUUUUACAGCUGAUUUCUGCUGAAUGUCACACUUGUGCUCUGCAGAAUGUCUCAAUUAUUCCAGCAGAGAAACAGAACUGUUCUGUGAUAGUUGAUACCAGAUGGCCAGUACGGAUGGCCAUCAUCACCACUAACCUGGCUGAUGUUAUUGAUGAAAGUUGUAAAGAUCUUGGUGCAGGUUUUGAAGAAAAUGGAAACUAUGUGAUUUAUGUAAAAAUGAAGGACAAAACAAUUACUUGUCAGUCCCCUAUUCGGACAGGAAGUGAUCCAGCUGAUAGCAAUAUAACUAUUUAUGUUACCAUUGGGAUUUUUGCUGGUCUGGCAUUGGCUUGUUUAGGAUUUAGUAAAAGCAAGCGCAGCUUUAUGAAGGUCUUGUAUCAGAUACAUCCCAAUGCUGUAGACACUUAUGCAUACACGGAACAAGAUCUUGGCACCCCAACAAACGGCUCUAAGGAAAAUGGCAAUAGGAAGGUGGAACGGCUAAAAUCCUUGGACACUUUUCGUGGGAUAUCGCUUGUUAUCAUGAUGUUUGUAAAUUAUGGGGGUGCAGACUAUUGGUUUUUCAGUCAUUCCAAAUGGAAUGGACUUACUGUAGCAGAUUUGGUGUUUCCAUGGUUUAUAUGGAUAAUGGGAACAGCAAUGUCUUAUUCUUAUCUUUCAUUAGCCCGAAAGAAUGUGCAGAAAGGAAAAAUAUUUACCAAAAUACUUCGUAGAUCAGUUGUCCUUUUUGCACUUGGAUUUCUAGUGAGUUCGGCCGGUUCCAGAAAUUUCACAAAAUGGCGAGUGAUGGGUGUGCUUCAGCGCUUCUCCCUUACUUACUUUAUAACUGCUACUGUUCACAUGUUUGUUAUGAAGGAUUCAAAUGUAGGGGCUACUGAGAAAUGGAGGGAUGUACGUGAUUUAGUAAACUAUUGGAAAGAAUGGAUUGUGCAGUUACUGCUUCUGUUUAUACAUAUUUGUAUCACAUUUUUUCUCAAAGUACCAGGUUGCCCUACUGGCUAUUUAGGGCCGGGUGGUCUUGCGAAUGAUGGAAAUGGCGAAGAUGUUAGUCUUUGUACAGGAGGUGCGGCACGAUACGUGGAUUAUUCCAUACUUGGAGAUAAGCUAAUUUAUAAAAGUCCAACAUGUGCUGAAAUCUACCAGACGACAGUACCAUAUGAUCCGGAGGGUUUUCUAGGUGUUCUGACGUCCUGCUUUCUCUGCUUCCUGGGCUUGCAAGCAGGAAAAAUACUUGUAACUUUUCAAGGCGUUCAAGCAAGAGUUAAAAGAUUCUUAAUCUGGUCAGUUGUGUUGGGAAGCAUUUCUGCUAUCUUGUGUAAAGCUAGUAAAAAUGAUGGCUGGAUUCCAAUUAACAAAAACUUGUGGUCGAUUUCUUAUAUUUUGGCCAUGGCAUCGAUGGCGUUUGUGUUACUUACGUUUUGUUACUUGACUGUGGAUGUAUAUAAGGUAUGGAGUGGUGCUCCAUUCUAUUUCCCAGGAAUGAACUCGAUCGUGGUGUAUGUGUGCCAUGAAGUAUUCAGUACACCAUUCCAGACAUUUUGGGACAUCGAGCCGGGUUCACAUGCAGUUGCUAUGCUUAUCAAUGUUUGGGACGUAUCAUUUUGGAUUUUGUUAUCAUUUUACUUGUAUCACAAGAAAAUAUUCAUAUCUGUAUAAAUGUGUGGUCAUGUUAUGUGUAACGGCAUAUUAUAAUGAUAAAAAAGAGAUAUAAGGGCUUUUUGGAUGAAAAAAAGUGUACUUUGCUUUCAGUGGGCAGAAUAUCCAUUUCAUUGAUUUCAAAUUAUUAUUAUUAUUAUUAUACCACAUUUAUAUAGCACUCUUUUCAUGCACUUGUACACGUUCAAAAGUGCUUUACAGAAUAAAUUGCAAAAAUACAAACAAAUACGUAUACAAAGAUAAUGCAUUCCACAUUAACAAAAAUCAUGAAUGAAAACAAGUAUAAUUUAAAAAAAAACAAGAUAAAAAAAAAAUAAAUGUAUCGGUCAGUUAACAAAAUAUUGUACAAAAAAGUGGGUUUUGAGCAGGCAUUUGAAUCCAUUUGAAUAGUAACAUUAUUUGUGUAACUUCUGAUUAAUUUUACUUCAUUAAUGUCAGAAUUGUGUAACAGGAUCUUUUCAUUAGCAUUUUACAGAUAUUGAAGCUAAAGUGAAAUCAGCAUUCUAGAUAAAUUACACAUGGCUAGCCUAUUCUUUGUAAAUAAAUGUGUAAAUAAUUUGUGAGAAAGUAAAACUUGUAAAACUAAA